AUGGUUCACUCUCCCUUGACGCAGAAAGAGAAAGAAACCAAAGGCCUCAUUUCUCCGGCGGCCUUCUAUGCUCUCGAAUACCAGCUCACCCGGGCUCGACCCACGAUGUCUAUACCCGCCGCAACCGACAAACUCGACACGGGCGCUUUUGAGCAAGAUGAGAAUAUCAACACACCGCCACGCGACCAGUCUCACAAGCCGAUUCCGCAGCGUCCAUUCCUCACAGCAGCCGAUCGAGCCCGACGAAAUAUCAAUGCAAAACUAUCUAACCCUCUCGCGGGAUUCAGCCACGCCCAGCUUCGCAAACAAGGGCGCAAUUUCGCGCUGACCCAUGAGAUUGGCGACGAGGAUGAUGUGCGCGCAUUCGAACUCGGCGCCGUCCUUGCCCAGUCUCCCGACCGCUAUGCGACCGUCGCCGGUUUGACGGAUUCCGAGAAAGAGAUCUUACACCGAGAAUUUGAACAUCGCUGGUCACAACCAUGGACCAUGUACGCUGUAAUCGCGCUCUGUUCCCUCAGUGCGGCCGUGCAGGGUAUGGAUGAGACAGUCGUGAAUGGAGCACAGAUCUUCUACAAAUACUCCUUCGGAAUAGCCGGCGACUCGUCCCGAGAUACUUGGCUCGUGGGACUGAUCAAUUCAGCGCCGUAUCUCUGCUGCGCAGUCAUCGGCUGCUGGCUGACGGUCCCGUUCAAUCACUGGUUUGGGCGACGGGGGACGAUCUUUUUGACCUGCUGUUUCAGCGCGAUUACCUGUCUCUGGCAGGGGUUCGUCUCGACCUAUUGGGCCAUGUUCGUGGCGCGCUUUGCUCUGGGGUUCGGGAUUGGGCCCAAAUCGUCCACGGUGCCCGUCUAUUCCGCCGAAUGUGCACCGCCGGCUAUUCGUGGUGCAGUCGUGAUGCAAUGGCAGGUCUCCACAGCCUUUGGAAUCAUGCUGGGGUAUGCGGCCGACCUGAUUUUCUAUCGGGUGGGCAGUAGUUCGGGGCUCAACUGGCGGCUGAUGAUGGCGUCGGCAAUGAUGCCUGCCUUGGUGGUCUGCUGCUUCGUGUUCUUUUGUCCCGAGUCACCACGUUGGUACAUGAGUCAGAAGCAGUACUAUAGAGCAUAUCAAAGCCUUUGUACUCUCCGAUUCCACAAGGUCCAAGCGGCGCGAGAUUUGUAUUACAUGCACACUCUCCUGGAAGCUGAAAAUGGGAUGAAACUGGGCCAAAACAAACUCCUCGAGUGA